CUAGUGUGUAUUUACCCUGACCCGAUUGACUGUGUCAUAGUUUAGCUGCUCUGGAAUUGCGUGCCGAAGUCAGGUCUCAAAACCAAAUUCAACAUGGCGACCGCAGCGAUGCCCAACCACUCUAAAGCAGCGAGCUAUUGCGAGAAGUUUCUUAAGAACUUUGUGGACGAGUCAAAUGAUAACGACAAGGAGAGCAUUAAGUAUAUGGCGCAGCUGCAACAAAUUGCCAACCGCAACAGCAAGGUGCUGCGUAUCGACCUGGAUGACGUUGAUUCCUUCGUCGAGCAAGACCAGAGCGAUGAGCGCUACCCCAGCUUUGUUGGCGAGCUGGAGCGCAACACGCGCACCUUCCAGCGCCUGUUUGCGGAAGCCGCCGACCGCCUCAUGCCGGCGCCCGACGCACUUGCAAACUCCAAAAUGGACGUGUUUGACAUCCUGUCGGAGCAUCGUAAGAUCAUGGACACCCACGCGCGCGCGGUGGAGGCGCGUGAGACCGGCCAGGCCGUGGCCUCCAAGGGCGGCAAGGGCGCGGUGCCGGGCACGGUGCGCGGCGGCUGCCCGGACAUGCUGCUGCGCCGCUUCGACGUAUACUUCGCGCCGCGCACCAAGAUGCUGCCGCUGCCCAUGCGCGGCGUGCGAGCCAGCCACCUGGGCCACCUAGUGCGCGUGCGGGGCGUUGUGACCCAUGUGACGGACGUGAAGCCGCUGGUGAGUGUGGUGGCGUACACGGACCCGGAGACCGGCUUCGAGGUGUACCAGGAGGUGACGGGCCGCACCUUCAAGCCCCUGGACAACGACUCCAAGGAGCGCGCCAAGGUGAACCGCAAGAUGCAGCCGGUGAUGGAGACGCGCGGCUCCAAGUUCGUCAAGUUCCAGGAGGCACGGCUGCAGGAGCUGGCGGAGGAGGUUCCCGAGGGCGCCACGCCGCGCACGCUGUCCAUCCACCUGGUGGGCGAGGUGACGCGCACCAUGAAGCCCGGCGACGACGUAACGGUCACCGGCAUCUUCCUGCCCGAGCAGUACACGGGCUUCCGCGGCAUGCGCGCCGGGCUGCUCAUGAGCACCUACCUGGAGGCGCACACGGUGCAGCAGUCCAAGCGCCAGUACGGCAGCGCCUUUGAGCUGUCGGAGACCGAGCUGGCGGCCAUUGAGGGGCUGGGCGAGCAGGGCGACGUGUACGGCAGGCUGGCACGCAGCAUCGCGCCCGAGAUCUUUGGCAUGGAGGACGUCAAGAAGGCGCUGCUGCUGAUGAUGGUGGGCGGCCAGACGCGGCUGUUCGCGGACGGCCUCAAGCUGCGCGGCGACGUGCACGUGUGCCUCAUGGGCGACCCUGGUGUUGCCAAGUCGCAGCUGCUCAAGUACGUGAGCCGCAUCAUGCCGCGCGCCGUGUACACCACCGGCAAGGGCUCCUCGGGCGUGGGCCUCACGGCGGCCGUGCUGCGCAACCAGGUGACCAAGGAGCUGGUUCUGGAGGGCGGCGCGCUGGUGCUUGCGGACAAGGGCGUGUGCUGCAUCGACGAGUUCGACAAGAUGGAGGAGGGCGACCGCACAGCCAUCCACGAGGUGAUGGAGCAGCAGACGGUGUCCAUCGCCAAGGCCGGCAUCACCACCACCCUCAACACCCGCACCACCAUCCUGGCCGCAGCCAACCCCGCCUACGGCAGGUACGACCGCCGCCGCUCACCCUCGGAGAACAUCAACCUGCCCGCGGCCCUGCUGUCGCGUUUCGACAUCCUGUGGCUGCUGCUGGACGAGAGCAGCAAGGACAACGACACGCGGCUGGCCAACCACAUCGUGCGCCUGCACCUCAUGGGCAGGGCUCCCGCCGGCGCCGUGGACGCCAACAAUGCGGUGAACCCGGCCGAGGCCGUGGUGCCGCUCAAGCUGCUGCGCGCCUACAUCGGCCAGGCGCGGCAGUACGAGCCCGACGUGCCCGUGCAACUGACGGAGUACAUCGCCUCCUUCUACGCCGAGCUGCGGCAGAUGGAGAAGGCCGCGCUGGGCGCCGCCGCCACCUACACCACGCCGCGCACGCUGCUGUCCAUCCUGCGCCUCAGCCAGGCGCUGGCCAAGCUGCGCUUCAGCAACCUGGUGGAGCAGAGCGAUGUUGACGAGGCGCUGCGGCUGAUGCGCCAGAGCAAGGCCUCGCUGGAGAGCAGCGGGCCAGGGGCCAACGGCGACGGCGGCGCCUACGAGGACCACAUCUCGCUCAUCUACCGCCUCAUCCGCGAGUACAGCAACCGCUCCAAGGAGCUCGAGAUCCCCUACGCCAAGAUCCAGGAGCUCACAGCCCGGCACAACGUGUCGCGCGACCAGAUCGAGGAGUGUGUGGACGAGUACGCACGCAUCGCGCUGUGGAACGUGGACCGCGACCAGCAGGGCAACCCCGUGCUGCACCUGCAGAUCAACGACGCCGCCUUCGCGUAAAGAGGCGCAGCUGUGAUGUGGGUUGGUUGGAGCAUGGGAGAAGGAUGCGUGGAUGGGAGGAUGGGGUCAGAGGGUGGUGGAGGUGGAGAUGAGGAGGCAGGAGGAUGGGAACAGCUGCAGCGCGCGCAAGCAGUGCCUCACGCGGGCAUUGGCGAGAGCGUGUUGUCGGGGGGAGGGGGCGCGGCGUAUAUGCCUUAAACGCGUGCCGGCAUGUGUGGGCUUGCGUCUGCGGGCAGUGGCGAGUCGGAGGUGACCAAUUGUCAUCUGAGUGCGCGUGGAGUUGGUGGUCGGUUGGUAAGCACGGUCGGUUGCUUACGCUGUAGCGAGGCGACGUGGGAUUGGGACAUGCCGCUGGCAGUGUGUGCUCAUGCUGUGCCAAGUGACUUUGCGGAUGUACGCACGGAUUCGGGAUAGUUGCAGGAGGCAGCGAACUCAUGCACCAGAAUGUUGUCCGCAAUCGGAUGCGUGCGUGACAGAGGUGCUAGCUAGCAGCGUGCCGCGCAACCGCGGCUUGCGUGCAAGUGUUAGACCAGGAGGCGAACGUGGACCUCUGGACCCUCAACAACGGGUUGGACCUGACUUGACUACCAUUCGACUGACCACGUAUGCAAGCAUGUAAAUGAAAGCCGAG